ACCUACGUAAUAAACACGGUUGAGCUUUUGCACAUGUGUGGACAAACUUUGUCUUUUUGCUACUGUUGUUAGUGUGUUGCUGUUUUUGUGCUUACUGCGGUUUUAGCAACACUCGUGGCUAACUGUGCCUAACCGCGGCCGGGUCAGCGCGCGAGGGAGAGCGUGAAAAACCCCGGAGGAUGCUGCUCGUGUCCUCGUGACCUGUCAUCAUGUCGCGGUGGUUUAAAACCUGUACGCGGUCUUUUCUGCACAGUUUGGAGGUCCGCCGGGGGUUUCGCUGCCUCACGCCGGACGGAAACAGACGGACAGAGCUCCAGCUGCGUGCAGCAGGCGACAGGUGCUGCUCAACGGUGCAGGGGGAGGUGAGGGUCAGGUUUGCCCCCAGUCCCACAGGCUUCUUACACCUCGGCGGACUUCGAACUGCCCUCUACAAUUACAUAUUUGCAAAGAAGUAUGGAGGUGUAUUCAUCCUGCGGCUGGAGGACACGGAUCAGAGCAGACUGGUACCAGGAGCAGCAGAGUCCAUAGAGGACAUGUUAGAGUGGGCUGGUAUACCUCCAGAUGAAAGUCCACGUCGAGGUGGCCCGACAGGUCCAUACCUGCAGUCUCAGAGACUCGACCUCUACAAUCAGACAGCCCGGCAGCUUGUUGACAGUGAUCACGCUUACUACUGUUUCUGCAGCUCUCAGAGACUGGAGCUGCUCAAAAAAGAGGCAUUAAGGUCGGGGCAGACCCCAAGGUAUGACAACAGGUGUCGUCACCUGCGGGCCGACCAGGUCCAGGAGAAGCUGGCUCAGGGAGCUUCAUAUGUGAUCAGGUUUCUUCUGGAAGAGGGCAUUGAGCCUUUUCAGGAUCUGAUCUUUGGAUGGAAUCGGCAUGAGGUUGCACAGGUGGAGGGGGAUCCCGUGGUGAUAAAAGCAGACGGUUUCCCCACCUAUCACCUCGCCAACGUUGUAGAUGAUCAUUACAUGAAGGUCAGCCAUGUCCUGCGGGGUUCAGAGUGGCUGAUCUCCACCUCCAAACAUCUCCUCAUGUACCGGGCUCUUGGAUGGCAGCCGCCCACGUUCGGACAUCUGCCGCUGCUGAUGAACAAAGAUGGCAGUAAGCUGUCAAAGAGGCAGGGGGACAUAUUCAUCGAAACAUUCAAGAGAGACGGAGUCCUGCCAGAGGCUCUGUUGGAUACAACAACCAACUGUGGAUCUGGAUUCAACACUAAUCGAAUGGGAAGAAGGAUAGAUGAACUGAUUUCUGAGUUUAACCCUUCAAAGAUCACGACUCACUCUGCUUUGUUAGACCUCGAGAAGCUGCCAGAGUUCAACAGACUUCACCUGCAGCAGCGAAUUGAAGAUGAGCAGCAGUGUGAUUUGCUGAUACAAGAUCUGCGGGAGCAAAUCUAUCAGGCCUACGCAGAACAGAUCCAGGAUAAGGAUGUGCUGCACGAGGAUUACAUCAGGCGGGUUCUGCGUCUCCGUAAGGGUCACAUAUCCUUCCUGAAGGAGCUUGUAAGUCCCACUUACUCUUACUUGUGGGUGCGUCCUUCCUUUUCCAGCCAGGAGGUGGCAUCACUCACUGGAGAGGGCCAGCACAUUGCUUCAUUAGUGCUGAAGCUGAUAGAAGAGCGAAGCGAUGAGCUUUCGGUGGAUCGACUCGGUAAAGACUUGAAAGCUGUGGCUAAGCAGGUUAAAGCCACCAAGUACAGGGAGGUGAUGAAGCUGUUACGUCUGGUUCUCAGCGGUCAGCAGCAAGGUCCCAGUGUUGCUGAGAUGAUGGUGUCUCUGGGCUCUGCAGAGAUCAGCCAUCGAUUCCAGAAACUUCUGCUGCUUUCAAACGAAACAGAUUAACGACCAAACUACCCGCCACUACAUCACCUCACAGUCACAGCGCUAACUGAUGGAAGUCUGAAGAAAACAGCUGCUGCUGGACUGGUUGGCCUGAAUGUUGAUCUCACACAUGGUGAUUCUGCCACCUUUAAAAUAAACUGAAUGCCGAUUAAUACUCGAAAUAUCAGAAAAAGGUGCUGAGAAUUUUAUGCACUCAGACUGUGUUAUGCAGUAAUGUGAGACCUUACACCUGUUGCUGUGCUCACACAUGGAUGGGAAGUACCUUGAUAUUUCCAUGCAAAUAUCAAGGUACUUUACUGAAGACAUUUUAAUGAACUGGUCCACAGAUGUACAGUCACAAGUGUUACAAGUUCAAGGGCAGAUGUAAAAGAUCAAGAUGAAAACGUCAAUAAAUAAAUAAAUACCCCAAAGACCGAUAGAUAAAUAUAUUUAAAUUUAAUACAGAGUUUCUGCUCAGUUGUUCUCCUGGCAGUUAACAGCUUUUUGUUUUGAAUGUGACAUAAUAUAUUCUUUUAUUAUAUUCUUUUCUGUUUUAUAAAUGAUGUAAGACUUGUGUAAUUAAACCAUUUACUUUAACUACUUUUCAAAAUGUUUUUGUUUAUGAAAGAUGGCUUACAA